AUGUCUGAAAUUCUCGUCGAGGCCGAAGCGUUCGACGACUACGGUGGCUGGGUGCUGGAUUCGCAGUUCGAGCUGGAGAUGGGCUCACCGUAUCUACUUGCGCAUGGAAAUGGAGUUCCUGUCGCUGAUGCCACAACCUCUAUUGCAAUCGACGACGCUGGUGAAUACCACGUGUGGGUGCGUGCGAAAGACUGGGUUCCGGGUCACCAUCCGGGCCGGUUCACCCUGGCGGUCAAUGAAAUAGACCUGGACACUACCUUCGGUAUGAAUGACAAGGACUGGAACUGGCAGUAUAGUGGAAAGAUCAGGUUGCGCGCCGGUAGGACAACACUGACGCUGCAUGACCUAACCGGCUUCUGCGGACGUUGUGACGCCAUCUUCUUCAGUCAGCACCAGAGGUCGCCCCCGGAAGGCGCAGAUGAGGCAGCCCGCGCUUGGCGACGUCGACUCCGCGGGCUGCCUGAUAAGCCGGUAGACGCCGGCACGUUCGACGUCGUCGUGGUUGGAGGAGGGGUAGUCGGAGCAACUGCCGCGCUGACAGCAGCACGACUGGGAGACCGCGUGGCUCUAGUGCAGAAUCGUCCUUAUCUCGGGGGCAACGCGAGCGUGGAGGCCGGACUAAGGCCUCGUGGAGUGAUCGGGCCCGUGGUCGAGGAGCUUAUCGAGCGACAUUCGAACGGCGACCUCGUAGCCAAGCAGUUACUUGAUGCGGAACCAAGAGCAACACUCUUCCUGGAGCACACGGUGUACAACGCAACUACAAAUGGUCGUCAUAUCGAUUCGAUCGAUGCUCGCGAAGCGCGCAGCGGACGAGAAAUCCGACUAUCCGCCCCGAUCUAUAUUGACUGCUCGGGAAGAGCUAUCCUAGGCCGCUAUGUCGGUGCUGAGACGCUAUUCGGUCAAGAGGCACAAACAGAGUACGGCGAAAGCCUCGCCCCGCCGGAACGGGAUAAUAUGCACCACGGCAACACGGUUUUUUUCCGGACAAAAAUGGCCGACUCUCCAGUCUCCUUUCCAGAUGUCCCGUGGGCUGUCGAAGUUGCAAAGGACUUUUCGGAUUUACGCGGGCAACUGGUCCGACCAGGCCUUGACAAUGGGCCCGGUCCUCAAGUUGUGACCGCGAAUAAUGCCCCCGACCCCACCGUACGGCGGCGGAUGCUGGGUCCCAUGACACAUUUCUGGGAAUAUGGCAACUGGCUCGACCCGUACUCCCAAGGCGAAAACAUUCGUGAUCAUCUCCUACGAGCCAUCUAUGGGACGUUCUCCAAUGUCAAGACUAUACAACCCGACGAGUACGCCAAUCUGGCUCUCGACUGGGUAGCAUUCGUGCCCGCAACAGGCGAGUUUUGUCGGUAUAAGGGUGACCAUGUUCUAACCGAAACCGAUAUCCGUGACCACAAGCACUUCCCUGACGCUGUGGUCCAGAACACGGGCGCAUUCUGCCUACACUAUCCAGGCGAUAAAUACGACUUCCGGCUGAAGUUCUGGGGAUGGGACGAGCGGGAUGGAAAACCGUACGACGUCCCGUUCCGAUGUCUCUAUUCGACCAAUGUCGCCAACCUUAUGAUGGCCGGAAAACAUAUCAGCGUCACGCACGUCGCCGGGUCGAAUACCAAGUUCAUGGGCAACGGUGCACAGCAUGCGAUCGCCACGGCAGCGGCGGCGCACUUGUGCAAGAAAUACCGCACAACCCCGCGAGGUUUGUAUGAGAUGCACUUGUCGGAACUAAGGGGCAUUACCACCUCGAUAACAGGAGGGAAGCGGCCAGACACUCUGAGGAGUCAUUUGUGA